ACGACAAGCUGCAGGAAAGCAUGGCUCUUGAUUCUUGAAGAGCCGGAUGCAGCUACACGUAGCCGUUUGAAGCAGGUGGCAACAAAAGGUUGUUAUCUUGGAUUGUGGCACGUGGAGUUGCUGUUCUUGCUGCGGCUUCUGGCAAUGGAACAGUUGAUGAAGAAAUAUAUGAUCAUUUGGACGGUGAUAACGACCGCAAUUUGCCAGUUUUCUGGCAGGAAACACAAUGUUUGGAAUUGCCUCUCAAGGAUGUGGAGCAUCUUCAUUGGUCUGUUUCCUAUCCACUUCCAAACCAAAUCUCCAGUACAGAUGAAAUGCAGUGGGUGGGUGAACAGAGAAGAUCAAGAGGACAACCGUGAGCGAAAAGUUCAACCCACGCAGUCGGCACUUGGCACCACCAUUCCGCCACCCAAGUACAACAAGUACGAUUAUAAUAACAUAUUAUGUUCGAAAAUUUCUUUCUUGAAACUAAAGUUUUUAACAGCGUUCAAUUCAAUUAUUAGUGACAAUUUAACCAGUUGUAAAUUUUCAAAAGAAGUCGAUCUGUCCUUGGCGAGUUCGGUAUGGACGGCGCACUCAAAGCCAUGUGAUAGUACAGUAUGUUCUUAUAGUUUUGCAGUGAAAUGCGGGUAAAAAAAUUGAUGGAUUAUCCACUGCGCAUGUUAGUCUCUGCUGAAAGUAGAAUAUAGACUUGGUAUAGUUUU